UUUUUUUCUGUAACCAUGACAUACAAGAAACAAACUUGUGAAGAGUGCCGAAAUCAAAAACGGAAAUGUAAUGGCCAAACUCCAUGUGAGAGAUGUCAUAAACUCAACCUCCAUUGUGUUUAUAUCGUUAAUUACUCACCUACCGAUGAAGAAUUCAUUGAGCUUGCAAAACAAGGCAAACUUUUAGAGGAAAUUGAGUCAUUAAAGAAUGGACUAGCACACAUGGAAGCGACCAUGUCCAAUCUUAGAGACCCAAGCAUUGGCAAUUCACCAGCACAGACUCCCCCUUCCUUGAUUGAAGACAGUGACAAAAGCGUAACCAGUACUGACGAUGGGUACAUUUCCCCUCUGACCAAAACUGAUACCAGCUAUUCCAAACACCCAAACAAGCGCACAAAACGGCUUGUUUCUUUUGGAGACGACUCAUAUGUUGAUGUAUCCAGGUGCAGUGAGGCCACAGGCGGGCCCUCAUGGACAUUGACAGUCAAGAACGGCGGCUUUUGUAUUGAUACGCAUGUCAACACUUACUCUGAUUUAUACAACAAUCUUUAUCGAGUCCUACAGGUCGUAAACUUGGGCUCAAGACUUCCUCCUGCGGUGGCAAAUUGUGUAAGAGAAGACACACUGGUUGGCGCUUUAAAUGAAAUGUUUCGUAGAAAAUAUGGUAAAGUUCACUGCAAAAAUGUUGCAAGGUCGAUACAAAUCUUUAUUACUCCCAGCACCCCUGACGUAGACACAAUGGUCGUCGCUCGCUCCUCCGAGAAUAUAAAGCUGACCACAAGCAAGUUAAUACAGGCUUAUCUACGCUGCCAGCAUCUUCAACAGUUGGCUAUUCAUGUUCCUACAUUCUUUAGACUUUUCAUUGACACAGGUUCGUCUAGCGCUGUGAUGGCCUUUUGUGCUACUGUAUGCACUCUAAGAUGCAAGCAUAUAGUCUCAUGCUUGCCUUCGGUAUCACUAGUCGAAUAUGGAAAAUUCUAUUUCGAGAGGGCUCGAGACGCAUUAUCGGAUAUGUUUGAUCAGUGCAACUUGGAAACAUUUACUACUUAUGUAUUUAUGGCCGUUUAUACCUCAGCAGUUGGACAGAUUGAAGAUAGCAAGCUAUACACUGAAAUGGCAGAAAGAGUUGCUGCAAUUCUAAAGCCCAACUAUAGCAAUGUCUGUAAUACAAAGAGCAAAAGUCUGAUACAUUUGCAGAAAAAGAGUGAGGCCAUUCACUUUAAGCGCUUAUUAAACUAUUUACAUCGCGUGGAAACAUUUGUAGAAAUAUCCGAAGCACAGAUAACUGCUCUGAAUAGGAGUGAAACCAGACUGCCUUAUUGCACGCUCGUUCAUUCUAACGAAGGAGAAUGGCAAGCUGCAGACGACGAUUCAGUACAGGAGAAAUGGUUUAUUAAGAUGCACUCUUAUAUCUUGCACCUUCAGAGAGCUGUUCAUAAGGCUAGCCGAUGCGUUUAUUCAAGCGACAUAUAUCACCUAGUGGGCUUAAUAGGGCACCAGGUAGAGAUGGCAACCUUCCACUGGUAUACCAAGGUGUUACCCCCAGAGUUUAGGCUAUCACUUCCUUUAUUUGACUCCAACAUUAGUUGUGAAAAGUUUUAUGCUACCUUGGAGCGUGAAUGUGCCCACAGUGCCGUACCUGUGCUAACCACUCUAGCUGCUUAUGAAGAAUGGUUGGUCUUUUGUCAGUCUUAUUUACCUAAACGUCUGCCUGAGCCUGAAAAUGAAUGGAAAAUGCUAAAGACAUAUUGGGAUGGUGGAGAGGUAAAGGAUGAGUCAAAGGUCAACAAGAAAUGGAUAAAACGAAUAGAAAAAUUGUUGGAACUUCGUCGUAAAAUCAACUUUGAAGGAAGCGAUCAAGAGUACUUUGCUACAAUUGAGGCCGUGGUUGGUGGCAGUGAAUAUCAUGUACAGAAACGAAUUCUGAUGAUGGGUAUACAUGCUUCAUUCAACACUGUGCGUUUAGCCAGGUAUCUGAGAUCACGAUCAGGAGAUUGCUACUUUGAUAUGCGUAUUCUCAUGAAUGCCUGGCAACUGUUGCUGACAAUCUCAAAAGUACAAAUCAUGAUGCCACCAGAGAUAAUUGAACUGAUUCCUCGCCUUCAUAAAUAUCUCCGUAUAUGUCUGACUAUAGUUUACGACGAGGUUAGAUUACAACCCUAUCAAGGUCAAGUGAGUGACUAUGUUAGAAUGAUGGAAGAAGAGUUUAGGUCUCAAACAGUAAAGGAUGAUGACUGUGAUUGUGUUUCAUGUCCUUACGCCUAAGCCUUCUUCAAUAUAGAUCCUGUAUUGAUUACCAUUUCACUACAUACAUCACAAAUACAUGUAUAUAUUCAAUUGUACCAUACUUACAUUAAUAAACUAUGCAAUAAAACAAAAUACCGGAUAAUCUCAGAUAAGCCAAUCGGAACUUUUGGUUAUGAGUUGCUAUGGGAAAUACUUCUGCUUUCCUGUCUUUUCACGCGAAUGGUGAUAAAGAACGCAAUCAAGACCAUGGCAAAAUCUAUUCUAGCUGAAUCUUCUCCCUUUAAAAUUGCUCUUGUUCAGCUAGGAGGCGUAGGCUUCAAUAAAACUGCUAAUUUAGCACAUGCUCGUGAAAAGAUUCUUGAAGCAGCCAAAAAUGGAGCUCAAGUCGUAGUUU